AUGACUUCUGCCGCUACCACUAUGAUCGACACAUCCGACCGCGUCCAAAAACUGCGUCAAGUUAUGCAAAGUCCUCCAUACGGGGUCAAUGCCUUUGUCAUCCCCUCUGAGGACGCUCAUCAAAGUGAAUAUGUGGCCGAAUGCGACGAGCAGCGCGCAUACAUAUCGGGAUUUACGGGGUCGGCAGGCCUAGCCAUUGUCUCAACGGAUUCUGCAGCAUUAUUCACGGAUGGACGAUACUUUCUUCAAGCCUCGCAGCAAUUGGAUGCGAAUUGGGCUUUAAUGAAGUCAGGGCUCCCUGGCAUUCCAACCUGGCAGGAGUACCUUGUGAAGAACCUCCCUGCAGGAUCCAGGAUAGGUAUCGACCCUCUUCUCCUUACAGCCACAGAUGCGCGCAAGUUGGAGACAGAGUUAGCUCAGGUCGAAUCAUCACUCGUUUCUGUCCCCAACCUCGUGGACAUGAUCUGGAAAGACCGCCCUUCCAGACCUGCGCGGCCCCUCAUGAUCCUCUCGACAUCAACAACAGGCAAGACUCAUACUGAGAAAAUCCAGCAAUUGCGUAGGACUCUGGAAGAAAAGGGCGUCGCUGGAUGUGUAGUGUCGGGUCUGGACGAGAUUGCGUGGUUGUUCAAUAUGCGAGGAUCAGACGUUCAUUGCAACCCAGUGUUUUUCGCGUAUGCCAUUAUCACUCAGGACGACGUUCAGCUUUACUUGCAGGACAAGGCUAUUUCAACCAAAGUCAAAAAGCAUUUAGGAAGCGAAGUGCUCAUUCGACCGUAUGAGACGAUCUACGAGGAUCUGAGGGCCUUGUCCAAAAAACUGAAAGACAACAAGCACAAAAUACUACUGGGCACGAGAACCAACCUGGCCCUUUCGGUUGCGCUAGGGAAGGAGAACACGCUGGAGGUCAGGUCGCCAGUAACAGAUGCAAAGGCGAUCAAAAACGACGUAGAGCUGGAGGGCAUGCGGCAGUGUCAUUUAAGAGAUGCAGCAGCCGUAAUUAAUUAUUUUGCAUGGCUGGAGGAACAAUUGGGCAAGGGCAUUGAGUUAGACGAAGCUGACGGCGCAGAACGUUUACAACAGUUCCGGGUAGAGCAGAAGGGAUUUGUCGGACCCUCAUUCGACACCAUCUCGUCGACAGGUCCUAAUGGCGCUAUCAUCCAUUACAAACCCGAAAAACCCACCGCGGCAACAAUCGACCCCGACCAAGUCUACCUCUGUGACUCUGGCGCUCAGUAUCUCGACGGCACAACCGAUAUCACCCGUACCCUUCACUUCAAAACACCCACUGAGUAUGAAAGGCGUUGCUUCACGCGCGUCCUCCAGGGACAUAUCGCUAUCGACUCCGCAGUCUUCCCCGACGGCACCACAGGGUACCUCCUGGACAUCUUAUCCCGACGCGCUCUUUGGUCCGAUGGCCUAGAUUUCCGCCACGGGACUGGACAUGGUGUGGGCGCGUUCCUGAACGUCCACGAGGGACCUCAUGGGUGUGGAGCCCGACCGGCAUUCAACGAAGUGCCAUUGACCCCUGGGAUGACGCUCACGAACGAACCUGGAUACUAUGAAGACGGGAGAUUCGGUAUCCGGAUCGAGAAUGUGCUGGUGGUGAGGAAGGCUCAGACGAGACAUCGGUUUGGUGGCAAAGAGUAUUAUGGGUUCGAUCAUAUCACGUUCGUGCCAAUUCAGACAAAGAUGAUAGACAGGACGUUGCUAUCGAGGGAGGAAGUGGAGUGGGUCAACCGGUACCACACAGAGUGUUUGGAGAGGGUAUCGCCGUUCUUGAAGAAGGAUAGUCUUGGAUUGAGAUGGCUGCAGCGUGAAGCGGCUCCUCUUUAG